UCUCCCCCCACCAAAAUCAAGCACCACAGCUAUCCUACGUGGUUCAGAUUCCAGAUCGCCAGUGUGCACUGCACUCUGUUCUCUUCGGUAGCUCCACUUCCACCAUCAUGGCCAACUUCGCCGUCCAGCUCAAGGAUAGGUUUUUCGGCCUUGUCGACCGGGUCGCCGGCUGCGGCCGCGCCGGGGUCAGGGAGGAGGGCCCCCAAGUCGGCGCCGGCGCCGGCCGUGCAGGAGCACGUCGAGAUUCGACCGAGAGGCCCCAAUGUGUCAGGAGGAUCGGAGGCGGGAGUCAAUUAGACAGUGUGGAUGCUACUCGUUUGUUACUGUCUGCUGAUGUCUGGAGUGUUAUCGCUUCGUUUCAGAUUCACGUGCCUUCCCUUGUUCUGAAAGUUGAAACAAAUGCUUUCCUUGCUGGUGUUCUGAAUGCGUGAAGUGUGCUUGUGCGUGCGUGGGUGUGUUUUCAAUGUUCAACUAGUUUUUUCUUCAUACCUCAAAAGUGGUAACAGAAGUAUUAAGCUUAAUGAUUUCAUUGUAUCAUGUAUGUUCGAUGAAGCAAUAAUUUAUUUGAUCGAAAUUUCACACGCUCA